AUGCAGGCCCUGCGGAUGGAGGACCAACGUGGUACCAACCUUUCCGAGCUACUGACGCAGUUACCCGAAUCCCUAAAGUCAACGCUACUUGGACAGCCUGCCGGCCAGACACGCGAUUGCGGCCUUGCAGUUUCGCGCUCCAAAAGUGCUGUUGCUGAUUUUGAGAGAAUUAGGCAGGGAACCUUAUCUAAAGACGUUUUGCCAUCAUUUGCCCAUCAGCAACAGGACGACAGGACGUGA